AAGUCAAAAGGGCCUGUCUCCUGUGAGCGCGCCACGUCUUCACUGAGAUCCCCCGACCACAUAUUUCCAUCGUUUGGAGCUUUUACCCACUGGAUCGCAUCGUACCGCUCGGUUGGUCGGCAGCUCCUCUUGCCCUGCGCCAGUAUGAAUGAUGUUCUGGAGGCCACCUCCCCUGCGACCAGCCUCAGUGGUCCCGCGACUUGUGUCUCCAAAGUGGAGCUGCGUGUGUCUUGUAAAGCUCUGUUGGACCGAGACACUCUGAAUAAGUCAGACCCCUGUGUCAUGCUCAUGGUGCAGACUAAUGGACAGUGGACAGAGCUGGACAGGACAGAGGUCAUCAAGAGCAACUUGCAUCCAGUCUUUGCCAAAGUCUUCUCGCUGGAUUACUACUUUGAGGAGGUUCAGAAGCUGCGGUUCGAGGUCUACGACAUCCACGGCACCCACAGCAUCGGGACCCGCGACGACGACUUCCUGGGAGGGGUGGAGUGCACCCUCGGCCAGAUUGUGGCACAGAAGAAGAUGGUGAAGCCUUUGUUGCUGAAGUAUGGAAAAUAUGCCGGCAAAUCCACCAUCACAGUGCACGCUGAGGAAAUUUCUGGCAACAACGGAUAUGUGGAGCUCUCCUUUCGUGCAAAGAAGCUUGAUGAUAAAGAUCUUUUUAGCAAGUCAGACCCGUUUCUGGAAAUAUACCGAAUAAAUGACGACGAGACCGAGCAGCUUGUGCACAGAACUGAGGUUAUUAAAAACAACCUGAAUCCAGUAUGGGAACCUUUCAAAGUGUCACUUAUAUCGCUGUGCAGCUGUGAUGAGGACCGAAAGAUCAAGUGCCUCGUGUGGGAUUACGACUCCAGGGGGAAGCACGACUUCAUCGGCGAGUUCUACGCCACGUUCAGGGAAAUGCAGGAAAUUUCCAGUGGAAAUAAGGUGUCGUGGGAUUGUGUGAAUCCCAAGUACAAACUAAAGAAGAGAAACUAUAAAAAUUCAGGAGUUGUCAGCCUCACUGACCUUAAGCUCCACAGAGUGUAUUCCUUUUUAGAUUAUAUCAUGGGAGGAUGUCAGAUUCACUUCACGGUCGCCAUUGACUUCACAGCCUCCAACGGAGACCCCCGGAACAGCUGCUCACUGCACUACAUCAACCCCUACCAGCCCAACGAGUACCUGAAGGCCCUGAUCGCGGUCGGCGAGAUCUGUCAAGACUACGACAGUGAUAAACGGUUUUCUGCUUUGGGGUUUGGUGCUAGAAUCCCUCCAAACUAUGAGGUGUCCCAUGACUUUGCUAUUAAUUUCAACCCAGACGAUGACGAAUGUGAAGGCAUCCAGGGAGUGGUGGAGGCAUACCAGAACUGCCUACCCAAGAUUCAGCUGUACGGCCCCACCAACGUCUCUCCCAUCAUUAACAGGAUAGCCAAGCUGGCAGCAGGGGAUGGGAACAUUAAAGAUGCCUCUCGAUAUCACAUCUUGCUCAUCCUCACGGACGGCGUGGUGACGGACAUGGCGGACACGCGUGAAGCCAUCGUACGGGCCUCCUAUCAGCCUCUCUCCAUCAUCAUUGUUGGCGUCGGCAACGCAGACUUCACAGACAUGCAGAUUCUGGACGGCGACGACGGGGUCCUGCGCUCACCGAAGGGCGAACCGGUCCUCAGGGACAUUGUGCAGUUUGUGCCCUUCAGAGACUUCAAAACGGCUUCACCUGCAGCCCUGGCCAAAUGUGUUCUGGCAGAGGUGCCCAAGCAAGUGGUGGAGUACUACAGCCAUAAGGCCAUCCCGCCCAUGUGUCCUAUGAGGGACUUAUUGACCCCCAUCCUCAGCCCGGUCGCCACCCCGACAGAAUAAUGCCUGCCUUGCUGCUGUGACCGGGCUUUGACCAGCAGCACCAAUCUGGAAGACUGGGAGGGAAUGAGGACGCAUGCCUCACUGCUUUGGGACGAGAACGGACGAGAAAAUCCUUCUAAGUGUGUUGUUACUCAUUCAUUUCAUUUUUCACUCAAAGCAAAGUGUUUACACGAGGACGGCACUGCAGAGACUGUGGGUUGUACAUUGUUCUGCUCAGUGUGGAAUGAGCGCUUUUCCUUGGCCGUGCACACCGACCGUCCAGUUGUUUCAACGCCAUUAAGUCUCGGGGGUGAUAAGGGUUUUUUUUUUUUUUUCACUCUAAUUUUGAUGCAUGCAGGCCUUUUCCUCUGUGCUGAUUCAUUGAUCAGAUGCAGCAAAACUCCAGAUUGCUCAUAAAAUUUAACGAAACAGUUAUGUCUUUAAUGACUCUUCUCCCGGCGUGCAGACAAUUUAAAGGAGGAGCUGCGCGGUACAGUGCAAUUAAAAUUAAACUGUUCAACAUGAACAUAUACUGACGAAGGCUUGUCCAGAUAAAUAAAUCAUGAGAAGUGCGACAUUACCUACUCGAUCUGG